CAUGCGUGGUCGAGGAUUCACGGACGAGCGAGUGGACGGAUCGCGGAUGAUCCAGCUCGAUCGUUCAUCGCGAACACGUGUAAUGUGCGCGUAAAUGGCAUCGCCUCGAAGCGGAACGUCGCGUCGUCGUCGUCGCUCACCCUUCCGUUUUCGCUGUUUGAACGUGUGAGCAUUGAGCACGCGAACGCGCGUCGCAAGAUCGAUGAUGCGUCGCAGUUCUAGCCAUUCGAGUCGCCCGCAUUGAUGUUGCACUCGGGAAAUCGAUCGCGUUCAUUCCAAGUGAUCUCUAAGAAAAAUGUUCCAAGUGUUGUCAGGUUUAGCCGUUGAUAAUCGAGGUUUUACGCGGCGAUUUUAGUCGAGUGUGGAUCUAGUUGGAAUUCUUUUUUUUCCUUUUAAGUAAAGCUGAAUACGUGCGUUGUUCGAAAUUGCAUAGGAAAUGUAAAGAGUGUGUUACAUUUAUAUUUGCACUUAUUUAAUUAAUUUCUGAUCGAGAGAAUAUACAGUUUUUGAAAACGCGUAAUUACAUAGCAAAUGGGUUCGAAGAUCACACCUAGGAUGAGCGCAUAAUCGCGAAAGGGGGAACAAUGAUUCAUCGCGAUAAUUUGAAUACAGGUUCGCGGUUGUCUCGAAUCGGUUGAUCGAGUGCCAGCAACGGGCAACAGAGAACAACGUCAGUGCCGCGGCUCACUUCCGGCCCUCCGGUACCGGUAAAACGAAACUGUGUACGAACGAACAUAAAUUACAUUUUUCCAACGAAUCUAUCAAAUACUACGAACGUUUCUUCGCAAAUCUCGAAGUAAUCUCGACAAAUUUUCUUUGCUCUGCGAUGUACCCGAAUAAAGUUUAAUUGGUGCUGCGGCUCGUUGAUUCUUUCGGCCGCUGUAAUCGGAUAAUUGCCUUGCAAGAUGGUACGCGUCGCACGCUUGUCCCCCAUGAAGGAAGAGGCUGUAAAGAUGAAGGAUGCUCUUCCGCAGAAAGGAAAUAAUAAUAACAAUAAUAGUAGCAGUAAUAACAACAAUAAUAAUAACGUAGCUACGUUAAAAAAUAAACCUUCCUUGGAAAUUUACCGACCUCCAGGAGGAAGAACGGAAGGAAACACGGCGAACGCUACUAAUCCACGACUAAACGUACACGCUAAGGAGUUCACUAUGAAGCAGAAUGACUCGCAUUCUUCGAAGUCUCGGACGAAUGCCUCAGAGCGAUCUCCGUACUACCUGCAGCACAGCAAGUCGAGCGGAAACGUGCAUCGAUAUCUUUACGCUCAGCAUCAGCAACAGAUACAACAUACUCUUCAACAGCAGCAGCAGCAGCAUCAUCAAUCAUCUCGUCAUUCACAGAGCGGGCAUCAUUCGACGAGCUCGGUGUUAAAACAGUCACAUCCGCUUGACACGUCGGCAUCGAGUGGAAAUAUCUUGCAUGGUUCAGGGAGGGUCCAUUUCAAUAUGGAUCAAAAUGAAGCUAAAGCCAACCCAGCAAAACCCCCCAGACUCACAAAAUCGUUGUCCUUUGUCUCUACUUACGGCCUGAAACGAUCGAAAAGCUUAAACGCAGCCGACGUGUUGGCCGCGAAGGCGAUGAAUAUUUCAGACGCGUCUGAAUUGGGGAAAUUCCCAUCGGCGAUUCAGGAUUCGCUUCUCAGAGCUAUCGAAGAUCCAAACUUACUGAAUGCGCGAGCCUUGAUGGAACUCGUACGACACAUCUUGGAGAGAGUCGUAGAGAAUCGGAAGUAUGCAGAACCUGCGGCGAAGAUUUGCAUCACUAUUAUAGAAAAAGAGACUAAGGAAACUUUCUUAGAGUCCUUGUUAAAUAUGUGCCAGCAGUGGUACCAGGAUCGAGCUAAGAUCCUCUACGGCGACGGAUCCAGCUAUCAUCGUUACUCAGCUUUCAUGACCUUCUUGAACGAGAUGUAUUGCCAGUUAAAGCGAAGGCAGUUACAGUUAAAGACGCAACAGGAGGGCGUUCCACCCGGACGCGUCCUUCUUACGUUGCUCUGGAAGUGCUGCCAAGAUUGCUUGCAACCUCCAGUCGUCAAUUCUUUGGCUGAGACGGAUUGCCUGUUCUUCAUUCUGACAUGCAUCGGCAAGGAUCUGGACACGGAGUUGCCGGCUCAGUUGCAGCAACUAUUGGGAAGCCUGAGGGACGCUUUCCUCGCGGAGGACACGAUAUUACCGUCGGUCAGAAAGACUCUCUUACAAUUGAUCGAACUUCACGCCGCCCAUUGGCAGCUCCCAGCGCCGGCGGUCGUUUAUUACUAUCCGGGAUCGACCUCGAAAUGAUCCUUCCGCCCUUUCGAUUCCUCCGUCCGUUCGUCGGUUUUUCUGUGUGUGUGCGUGUGCGAGCGCGUUAAAAGGAUCGUUUGUACUUGAACACAUGCGAAUAAAAAUGAAACGAGUGGUGUGAGCGAGUUGCGCGGAGUCGACAGCCCGGAGCGAUGUUUCCUAAUUGUCAUGGAAAUGUUAUGGAAUGGUUUCUCCCAUCAUUUUUAAAUGUUCUUUUGUUUCCGAGAACGUGCGCUCUACUUUAUUCAGCUUGUAAUAUCGAGCUCGUAAUAAACGUGUCUCGGGCGCAACGAGCUCCUUGCGAAACUCUAGUUCGUUUAAGUGAUUAGGUGUCCGAUGCGUCAGCCGCGAUCUCGUUGUUACUGCGAAGAACGAUCGUGUCCCGUGAGGUUCAGCAAAAAAUGAUUUACGAUGAUCGCUAUUGCAAGAAGUGUCGCAAGAACGACGUAACUGGCUAAUUCAUCUCAAUGAGAGUAAUCCAUUGACGCGACGUACGGAAACCGGGUUUUCGCAAUUUAGAAAAUGUCCCGUUAGUGAGCCAGACGUAAAAAAAGAAGAACAGUUUGAUAAUUGUACGGGACUUAAAAGGCACAUGUAUGGGCUUUGUACUAGUUUAAGAUGUGUUUUGUUCUAACUUUUGUUUAUUAGAAGCGAUUCUUCAAUCAUUGUCGAAGAACGAAACGGAUGAACACGAAUUUCGAUUACUCUACCUCGAAUUUUCCUCGGCUUUUUCCGUAAACGCGAUCAAGCAGAAACUAUCGAACCGAAUGUGAGAAUGACUGAUGAAAAUUACCGCCGAACUUGUCGAACGAUACAAUGAAAAAACAAACGAAACGAUUUGAAUGUCUACGAUGAUUUCUAUGCUUAUGAUGUAUUCCUUUGAACGUGUGAAGUAAACGAUGAAUAAAGAAACUGGAAAUAUUGUUGGACCAGGCGGCGCUUUUCCGCCUGCCUUAGGUACAUCAAAUUUCGAAACCAAACGUAUACAUAUGUACUUUUCUUCUGUAUCCGAGCAGAAAAUAGUUAAGCUCCAAUUAUAAAGUACGUAUACAAAAAAGAAAGGAUCUCUGUUCAACUCA